GAGACGCGAUGCGGCAGUCAGACGUGAGAAACUUGCCUGACGCGUCCUCUACUCCGAUCGUAUACGUACGUUUACCUGUCAGGUGUUAACAUACUUUUGGACGGUAUAACAUGACGCAGGAUCUGACGCUCUCGCUUAAGAACGAAUUUUGUGGUUAACGGGCUCACUCGAAAAAUCGGAUUGAAAAUGAGGUAGAUACGAAAAUGUAGCCUAGAUGUCGUUAGUCACGUCAUGUGCAUAAUCGAUACGCUUUCGUUGAGAAAAGUAAAAUCAGUUACCGAAAUCUUUUAUGCAAUGUGGAUAAUCAUCAUCAUAGUCUUCGUCGAAGAAUCCGAGAGUGUAUCUUUUCUGGUGCACAAGUACAGCACGCGCAUCGUUAAGACAAAGUACGGACCGUUGAGAGGCAUCAUCAUCCAUAUGCAUCCGUCGGUGGAAGCGUUCCUGGGAGUUCCGUAUGCUACGCCCCCUGUUGGCAGUUUAAGGUACAUGCCACCUGUUACCCCAUCUAUGUGGAAGUCCACCCGAUUAGCAGAUCGAUUUAGCGCUGUAUGUCCGCAACGUCUUCCCGAUAUUGGGAAUCGAUCUGAGGCACUAUUGGAAUAUCCAAAGAAUCGUUUACUCUACUUAGAAAAAGUUUUACCACUCUUAGCUAAUCAAAGUGAAGACUGCCUUUACCUCAACCUCUACGUGCCCAGAACCGUGACUGGCGGUGAAGAAACCAGUCUGUUGCCUUGUAUAGUGUAUGUCCACGGAGAAAGUUAUGAAUGGAGCAGCGGGAAUUUAUACGACGGAACCAUAUUGGCGUCCACGGGACGCGUUAUUGUAGUUACAAUCAAUUUUAGACUUGGUGUUUUAGGUUUUUUGAAAACCGGCGCCAAGAAUAGUGCACAAGGAAAUUUUGGACUUAUGGAUUUGGUAGCGGGAUUGCAUUGGUUAAGAGAAAAUCUUCCAGCCUUUGGGGGAGACCCCCAAAAAGUUACUCUAAUGGGACAUGGUACGGGGGCGGCACUAGUGAAUUUUAUUGCUAUAUCACCAGUAGCUAAAGAGCUACUGCAUCGAGUGAUAUUACUCAGCGGGUCUAGUCUUAGCCCUUGGGCGUUGCAGAAAGACCCUCUAUGGGUAAAGAGGAGCGUCUCACUACACACUAGGUGCUAUGGGGAUUUGUUAGAAGAUGACCUCGCUCCUUGUCUGAGGCUACAACCGUUAAAUCAUUUGCUGGAUAUACGACUGGAUAUUCCCCGAUUUUUACCAGGUUUUGCCCCCUUCGUCGACGGAACCGUGCUAAUUAACCCUACUGCAGUACCGCCGAACAUGGGGGCACCCACAAUUUCUACGUCCCAAGGAUUUGAACUAGCUGACUUUCCGGAUAGAGCUCUUCUAUUCGGUCUCACCUCCACUGAAUCAUAUCUUGAUCUCAACGCUCAGGAUUUAGAAUUUGGUUUCAACGAAACAAAGAGAGAUAGAAUACUAAGGACUUACGUUAGAAAUGCUUAUUACUAUCACUUGAACGAAAUUUUUUCUACUUUGAAAAACGAAUAUACAGAUUGGGAGAAGCCGUCGCAAAAUCCACUGAGCGUCAGGGACGCUACCCUCGAUGUUUUAAGUGAUGGUCAUACGGCGGCUCCUCUAAUCAGGAUAGGAUAUUUACACAGCUUGAAAGGAGGAACGACUUUUUUCUUCCAUUUUCAGCAUCACAAUGGGGAGAGAGAUGUUCCUAUGAGAUUUGGGAGUGUAAGAGGAGACGACCUUCCGUAUGCCUUGGGCUUCCCCUUGACUGGUGCUGGAUUCUAUUCUCCUUACAACUAUACUUUCAGUGAUGCUGCCAUAUCAAAAGCUCUGAUAUACUAUAUUAGUAAUUUCGUCAAAACUGGAAACCCCAAUGGAGAACUGCCAAACAUUUCAGUGAACCUUAAUUCUUUAACGGAAAAACAAACUCCGAAUUUUCCUUUUUGGGAUACGUACGAUACAAUCAAUCAGUUUUACUUGGAAAUUGGUAAUCACUUGGAAAAAAAGGAUCACUAUCGAGGACACAAAAUGUCUCUGUGGUUAAAUCUGAUUCCUCAGCUGCAUAGGCCAGGAGAUGGUGGAGACGUGUCGAUGAGACAUCAUCAGUUUCAAGAGGAAGACGACCAAUAUUAUGAUGGUUAUGUUCGACCUCAGAUAAAAGAAAAACCAACCUACAUCCAUCUUUCUACGGCUUCCACUUCUAUAUCAACAGAGAGUACAAGUUCUACUCCAAUACCACCAAAAUCAGAUACAGCCCUACAGGCUACGACUACAGAAUGCCCUCCAAAUCAAACAAUAUUUCUUCCAAGUCAAACAAAAACUUCCAAUAAUCUCUUAAGAAAACUUGCUUCCAGUCACUAUCAAAAUUAUACCACUGCCCUUACAAUUACCAUAGCGGUGGGCUGCUUCCUUCUGUUAUUGAAUGUUCUAAUCUUCGCCGGAAUUUAUCACCAGAGAGACAGGGAGAAGAACAAGAGGAAGAGGAAAGAAGCCCAACAUGAAACAGGAAGUUGUAGCAGUUCCUCUGGUGAAGGCUACGACAAAUCCUACGAAAUCCAACAUUCCGAAAUGAAAUGCAGUCGCCACAAAUACGGAUCCGACUACAGCUGCAAUCAAAAAAUGCACACCGAUAUCCAAAUAACUGAACUACCCAUACAAAACUUUAAAUCUUCCCCUCCGCCGGCCAAACGAAUCGAAAACAUCCAGUCUAGUUUUCAUCCCCCCGACGUAACGACCACCAGCCAGGACGUGCUGCUCGGCAGAAACAUGACCUCAUCGUCGCCGGUCGUCGAGGUGGUACCCCCAGCUAGUACAAAUCAAAUAGGAAUUCUCAGGCCUCAAGGUGGUCCGGUCACGCCGGGAACCAUGAAGAAACGUGUUCAGAUCCAAGAAAUAUCUGUAUGAUUAUGUAUGAAUAUAUAUGUACAAUGGAUCAGUACCUCUACGAAAACGUGCAAACUGUUAGGAUUUGCUAAUCUUUUUUGAGUUGAUAAAAUUUUAAUGUAAAAAAAAUGAAUUUGAAAUAAGGAUAUUUAUAUAAAAUCUAGUUAGUAUUUUAUUUGAUAUGUUUCAUUUUUAAUAACUGAUAGAAUUUUCAAUAAUGAUCAACAAUAAACACAUUUUUAUAUUGACAUAGUAUAAUUUAAUGACUGAAGCUUUGUUUCACAUAUAAUUUUUUUGUCUGCUAAUACUUUUUUGAAUGUUGCAAAACAAUAGUUUUUAUUAAUUUGGGAGAUUUUAUUAGCAAUUUCCUUUCUGUUUAUUUUUUACUGGCUUGAUUGACCUCCAUAGAUUCUUUUGAUCCGGCACACAUAUGGGUAUUGAUCAAUCAUAUAAAACAGUUUAGAAUGUUUAUUGACUUUAGAAUGUAUAGGUAAAACAAGCAGCUGGUCUUCAAAAAUCCAACGCAGCAAACUGCAAGAUCAACAGAGGAACAUUAUCACAGAUAAAAAUCAAGAAACAUGCAUAUGGACCAAACACAUACAAGAACUCUUCGAUGAUAAUAGGUCCGAACAACCUCUGCCCUACAUAUGUAAUGACCACUUACCAAUGACAACAAAUGAAGUCAAAAAAGCGGUACUCAGCGACUAACAAAAAUAUUAAAUGAUAUAUAUUUAAACGGAGUAAUAGCAGGAUCAUGGCUGAAGUCAACGUUUAGUGCUCUACCAAAGAAAACAAAAUCCGUAUCCUGCAAUGAUUUCCGGACCAUCAGCUUAAUGAACCACAUUUUAAAGUUACUUUAAUAAGUUAUACAUCAAAGGAUGCGAAGAAAAAACUAGCCGUACACAGUUUGUUUUUCGGAACGCAGUGGAUACAGGCUUCGUUCCGAUAUCUGAAAGAAUUAUAAUGGUGCAAUUAUUGACAACCCAUGGAAAAAUGAAUUUAAUUCAGAUUUAUGCACCAACUGCUGACAAAAAUGAAGAAGAAAUAGAAAACUUUUAUAGCGAACUUCAAAAAACAUUACAUCUCACAGCAUCUAGAGACGUAACAGUGAUCAUGGGUGAUUUCAACGCAAAAAUUGGCGAGGGAAAAUGCUACCCUAAUGUAGGACCAUAUGGGCUUGGUGAACGAAACGACAGAGGGAUCGCCUAAUAGAAUUUUGCCAGGAGCACAAUGUUAUAGCCGCAAAUACAUUCUUUAAAUUACCUAAGCGACGCCUUUAUACAUGGAAAUCGCCAGCUGACAAAGACAACAAAAUCGUCAGAAAUCAAAUUGAUUACUUCCUAAUAAAACACAGAUAUCGAAACUCAAUUCAGGCAGUAAAGGCAUAUCCAGGAGCGGACGUAUUUUCUGAUCAUAGUCUUCUUAUUGCUAGAUUUCAACUUCAACUAAAAAAGACACAAAAAAGCCGCAAUAACAAUAAACUUAACAUACAGAAACUAAAGUCAGAAGAAACAAAAGAAAAUCUGAAACACGAAAUCAACACAAAUCUAGACAGAAACCCAGGAAAUAACUGCAACGUAGAGCAGCAGUGGCAAUUCUUCAAAACCUCUAUAUUGGAGCCAAGUAAGAAACUACUUACAACAACUAAAUAUAAGAAAGAAGAAUGGAUGACAGAGGAAAUUCUAGAGUUAAUGAAUGAAAGGAGAAAAAACAAAACCAUUAAUAAGACGCGCUAUAAACAGCUUCAAAACCAAAUAAGAAGAAAAAUUAGGGAGGCUAAAGAGACCUACUUCUCUGAAAAAUGUAAGGAAAUAGAAGAACUUCAAAACAGAUAUGACAACUUCAACCUACAUAAAAAAGUCAAAGAACUAGCCGGAGUAGGAAAUAGAAUAACCUCAAAUAUAUUGUUCGACAAAAAUGGAAAUAUUAUAUUGGAAACAGAACAAAAACUACUACGAUGGAAAGAGUACAUCGAAGAAUUAUUUCAUGACCAGAGAGAAGCUAGUACAUCUGUAGAUAGCCAAACGAGAGAUGUAGGUCCAGAGAUAACCAAAUCAGAGGUUAGUCAGGCAUUAAACUCAAUGAAAACCAAUAAAUCUGCUGGUCCAGAUGAAUUACCAAGCGAGCUACUAAAGUUGGUCAACGAGAAAAACCUGGACAUAAUAGUAGAACUGUUCAACGCUAUCUAUACUACGGGAAUCGUUCCUAGAGAAAUGUUGACAUCAUCAUUUGUGUGUUUUCCAAAGAAAGUGAAUGCCAAAGAGUGUAGUGACUAUCGAACCAUAAGCUUAAUGUCACAUACCUUGAAAAUUCUCUUGAAAAUUAUUCACGCCAGAAUACACUCUAAACUGGAGCUGGAUAUUAGUGACACUCAAUAUGGGUUCCGCAAUGGUAUGGGUACCAGAGAGGCAUUAUUCUCCUUCAAUGUGCUGACACAGAGAUGUUUGGAUGUUAACCGUCCUCUUUACGUCUGUUUUAUAGACUACAAUAAAGCGUUUGAUAAAGUAAAACAUGAUCGACUCCUGGAAAUUCUAAAAAAUAAAAACCUAGAUGAAAGAGAUUUAAGGCUAAUAACACACCUCUAUUACAAUCAGCAAGCAAUAGUAAGAAUCAAAAAAGAAACAUCUGAAGAAAUGGAAAUAAAGAGAGGAGUCAGGCAAGGCUGCAUUCUAUCACCUCUAUUAUUUAACGCCUAUUCUGAAGAGGUAAUUCGAGAAACUCUGGAAGAUGAAACAGUCGGCAUAAGAGUAAAUGGAGUCUUAAUUAACAACAUCAGAUAUGCAGAUGAUACAGUAAUAAUAGCCGAUAGUUUACAAGACCUGGAAAGACUCAUGAGCAAAAUAGUCAUGUGUAGUAGGGAGUACGGACUCUCUCUUAAUGUCAAAAAGACGAAGUUUAUGAAAAUUUGUAAAAACAACUAUAAUACUAACGAAAUCUUGAUAGUAGAGGGCCAGCAGAUCGAAAGAGUAAAAAAGUACACUUACCUAGGAACACUUAUAACAGAAAAUAAUGACUACACGGCAGAAAUCAAAGUCAGAAUCGAAAAAGCACGUUCUAAUUUUAUAAAAAUGAAAAAGGUCCUAUGUGGCAAAGAUCUAACAUUAGCUCUUAAAGUACGCCUAACAAAAUGUUACGUAUACAGUGUACUAUAUUAUGGAAUGGAAUCAUGGACGUUAAAUCUAGAUACCAUGAGACGACUUAACGCCUUUGAAAUGUGGACCUAUAGAAGAAUUAUGAGGGUUUCCUGGGUAGAUAGAGUUACAAACAAUGAAAUACUGAGAAGAAUAGGCAAAGAGAAGGAAAUUGAACUUACAAUUAAAGAAAGAAAGCUACAGUAUCUCGGACAUGUGAUGCGGGGCGAUAAGUAUGGCAUCCUGCGACUCAUAAUGCAAGGAAAAAUAGAUGGCAGAAGAAGCAUCGGAAGAAGACGAAUUUCAUGGCUGAAGAACCUGAGAGAAUGGUUUGGAUGCAGCUCAAACAACUAUUUAGAGCUACUGCCUCAAAAAUUAAGAUAGCUAUGAUGAUUGCCAACCUCCGUAGCGGAGAUGGCACCUGAAGAAGAAGUGGAUACGAGAGAGACUUUCUUUAGCAUAAGUGCUAUUUCAACGGUGUAGAGAUGAGAUUGCGAUAUUUAUGCUUCAUUGAUUACCAUAAAUGUUCGAUACUGUAAAAUACGACAAGCUGAUGGAGAUAUUAACAAAUAUUGGAAUAAACACCUGUGAUCUAAGAAUUAUCAGCAAUCUUUAUUGAAAUCAAACAUCGUCUAUCCGUACAGAGACAGAAGAAUCCGAUGAUAUCAAAAUCAAACUUGGGUUUCGACAGGGAUAUAUACUACCACUCUUACUGUUUAACAUAUAGUCUGAAAAAAUCUUUCAAGAAGCAGUAGAGGAUGUUUAAGUACGCGAAUGACACUGUGGUAUUCGCUGAAAGUUAUGAAGCACUCCAGGAGUUAAUGAAUAGAAUCCCAGAAGUGAGUGAGAGAUAUAAAAUUGGGACCAUUCCCUAGAAAUAAAUUCUAGGACAGAGAAAGCAAGAUCUGAAUUUCAAAAAAUGGCUAACCUAUUCAAAUGCCAUGAUGUUACUACGAUGUUACACCUAUCUUUCCUAUACUGUUGUACGGAGUUGAGUUGUGGUCUCUCACAGACGCUACCCACAAGAAAAUUGAGGCUUUAGAAAUGUGGCUUUAUCGUCGAAUCCUGAAGAUAUCCUAUACCGACCACGUUACUAACCAGGACGUUUUAUUAAGAUUGCAAAAAGGAAAAGAGUUGUUAACCACAAUAAAAGCAGCCAAAAUCGAAUAUCUCGGUCACAUCUUGAGGAACAGCGAAAGAUAUGGUGCAAUUAAUUCUACAAGGAAAAGGAUAAGGAAACGAACCAGGAAGGCAAAAAGCAAAAUACAGAUAGCCAUGAUGGUCUCCAACAUCCGUAACAAAUAGGCACUUCAAGAAGAAGAAGAUUGACUUUAUAAAGUAAAAAUUUCAAUGAUAUUACCCUCUCACUCGGUCUCACAACUUAUAUCACAUUUUCUUUCAUUGCUUUCUUUGUUGCAUACCACAACGUGUAUCAUUCAUCCAGAUUUUUGCUCCCUUGCUCUUUGCUGAACAACUAGUUUUCUUCUUUUAAACCUAUCCACCAAAUACAAGAUUCCAAAACCUUAUACUCAUUUUUAUAAAGAAUAAAAAUAUACCUCAAAGACUGCAAAACAAUGUGUUUAAUUCCUGUAUCCUACCUGAACUUACAUAUGGAGCUUAGACCUGGACAUUCACUAAAAUAAACAUCGAAAAGAUCAGAAAAACUCAAAGAGCUAUGGAACGACAGAUAUCGGUAAUUGACGGCCAUAUAAAGCCAAAAAAACCACGAGGAAGACCGCAAAUGCGAUAGAGCGACGAUAUUAAAAGAACUGCAGGGCCAAUGUGGAAACGUCUUACAAACAACAGGGAUGAAUGGCGAGAAUUGGGAGAGGCCUAUAUUCGGCAAUCCGAAUAGAGAGAAGGGUUUUAAAAUCCUGACUUUCCGAAGUUGUCAGUUGUAAAGCGAGGUGAUUUUACUCCUCGGAUGGUCCUUGUCCGAAAAAGGCUCUGUUUGCUUCUGAUGAAUUGAAUAAUGAAAAUAUUUUAUGCCCGAAUGCUGUUUUUAUCAGCACCAUGCCCAGAAGGGUGUUGCCAACACACUACCAAUGUAACAAGAUGUAGUAUUAUCCCACAGCUACCUACAUUUCUCUGUGCAGACCAGGAUUUCUACUUCAAGAACUUUCCUGUACAUGUAAUAAUCUUCCUAAAAAUAUGGAUUUUAUUAUAGACCCCGAGAGAUUGAUAAAUCCAUCACUAGCCUACCUGAACCCCGUGGCAGAUAUAGACCAUAAUCCCCUUACACACCGCUAAGGUUUGGAAGUUUGACAAAAUAAUCUCAAAUAGAAUGUAUUAAAUUCAAAUGCAAUUCAUUGUUUUUAUUUAUGAAUUCUACAAAAUUCUAUUGUCUUGUUGUCAUGCCACAUACAACAUCUUGUAUACCUAGCCCAAAAUAAUUUUUGGUGAUAGACCACUUGAUUCUAGAGACUUCGCUAUUUUUCUUACUUGACACAAUUUCCAUGUUUCGCGAACGGUGGUAGAGUGGAUCACCAAGCAUAUAGUAUAAAGAGUUCUUUUUUAUAACCCUUAAACCCAUAACCCAUAAACAUAAAAAUGCACUGCAAAUCAAAUAAAGAAGUUGGGGACUAUUUUCGAUAUAAACAGAAACAGCACAUACUUACAAAUAUUUUCAUUAUAAAGUUUACCAUCGAAAAUCUAUGCAACUGAAUUUUUAGAUCUCAAAACCGUUUAGAUUGGCGGAUCCAUGUAAUAGUCCACACCGUGAGACCCCCGAUAAUAAUACCGAUUUUAAAGAAAUUUGCAAAAUAAUUUCUGAAUUUAAUCAAUUACCAUAUAAACGGGAAGUGUAGCAGCUAACAGGCAAUAUUCCGUAUUAGAAACCAGCGCCUUGGGCCAAAAAUUCUGGUGAUGAGUUUACCUAUUUCUGGUGAUGAGUUUACUGAUCUCCAAAGGAUGCCGGUAAUGAGUUUACUAUAUAUCUCGAAGAGUCUAAUAAUUUUAUGGGGGGCUAUAAAGUGAGGAGUUCGUACAUGUCCAAGGCAUUGGACCCUUUACUUAUACCUACUUUUUUAAUAACUUUUAUUAUUACGCCAUUGAUUCUCUUCCUGUGAUAUCAUUUAAAGUGUUUCUAUUAUUUGAAUUAAAGACAUAUAAUUAAAUUUAACAAAUAAAAAUAUAAUGAAUAGAAGAUUAGCGUGUACCGAUAUAAAAUCAAAAGAUAUAGAAGUACUGAUCUACUAUAAAUAAUUUUGUUACUUAAGUGAAAAGACAUUUUAGUAUAUUCAUGUAAAUAUAAAUUAUAUAAAGAAUUUCUGUAUUAAUAAUCCAAACGUGUUGUUUUAUGAAAUAUUUUAUUGGAAGCUAUAUUAGUUUUGUAUUUUUUAAAGAAAAUUAUAGUGUCUAUAAGAAAAAAUGUAUACACUUGUGUACGAAAAAAAUCAACUGGUAAAUAAAUUGGCAAUAC